AUGCCCCUUCGUCAACGGCACGCGUCCCUUGGAGCCGGCUGGCCAACUGGUGGUGCUGGAGAGAUAACACUGAACGAGGUCUGGCCAAGAUCUUGGAAGCCGUGUUCCUUGUCCCGCUUUGCAGGAAAAAGCAGCUCUGGCCGAUCCGGCAGCGACAAAAUUGUCUCAGGCUCUCAGCAGCGCGGUCGAGACUCCUAUUUCCUACUAAUCACUAAUCCGCAACUUUGGCAUCUAUUGGUGGCCAUUGGUGCCACCGAAAUCAGACGCGCUUUGGAAGGCCCGGAGAAAUAUCGAUUGCCAGAGACCAGAUCGGGCCCUUCACACAAUCCCACGAUCUGUCUUAACAAAGGUCAGCUAAUCCUUUAUCGCGGGGCAAAUCUGGAGCCCGAAGAAGCGCGAGAAUUCGUCGCAAAUGCUCUCGGCGGAUAA